CACACCUCUCUACGUAUGUCACACCAGUGCAAAAUGGCGACAAGUGACGAAAACAAUUCCAGCCUGGGCGAUGAGCACGUCGCAGUGCAGAAGCUGCAGCCACAGGCAAACUUCUAUGAGCGCCUAAUAAAGCUGGGCGCCUUCUACAAGGAACAAUUCAGCAAAGAGCCGGACUUCUAUGUGCGGGUGCCUGGUCGGGUGAAUAUCAUUGGUGAGCAUGUCGACUAUUGCGGUUACUCGGUGCUGCCCAUGGCGGUGGAGCAGAGCAUCAUCUUGGCUGUUGGUAGCGACCCGAAAAACGAUCAACUGCAGCUGCGUCCGCUAGACGAGGGCAAGUUUCAGGUCUUCGAUAGCGAUCUCAACACCCUUGAUAUUAAGCUGCCCAAGACUGGCGGCCCAGCUUGGUACAAUUACUACUUGUGCGGCAUCAAGGGUAUACAGGAGCAGCUGGGCAAGAAGUGGCGCCCCAUUGGCAUGCAGGUGGCACUCAGCGGCAAUGUGCCCCUCGCUGCAGGUCUCUCCAGCUCUAGUGCGCUAGUCAGCGCAGCUGUGCUGGCCACAGCCCAUGUGCAGAGCAUGCAUCUGGAUCGCAAGCUGUUGGCCUCGAUAUCGGCAAGUUGCGAACAGUAUAUUGGCACGCACAGCGGCGGCAUGGAUCAGGCUAUUGCCUAUCUGGCCAAGCAGGGCUGUGCCCAGCACAUUGAAUUCCAUCCGAAACUUAAGGGCACACCGGUCACAUUACCAGCGGAGCUUGUGGUGGCCAAUAGUCUGGUGCAGAAGAAGAAGGCCGCAUCCUCGGACUACAACGAGCGCGUGGUCGAGUGCCGGCUGGCCACUCGUUGGCUGGCCAAGUCACAGAAGUUGCCCAAUUGGCAGGAAUUCAUACGAUUCAUUGAUCUCGAAGAAGAGUGCAAUUUGGACAAUGCUGCGUAUGCGAAAUUAAUUGAGAAGCAAUUGACUAAGCUGCUUUAUACACGCGAAGACAUCUGCGAGGCUUUAGGAAUCACGGAGCAACAGCUGGAAAUGGAUUUCUUAACGCCCAGCACACAGCAUAUGCAGCAGUUCAAGCUGCGACAACGCGCACUGCAUGUCAUUCAGGAAUCUGGUCGUGUAGUAAAAUUCCGUCAGAUUUGCGAGCAGUUGCAGCGUCGUCCCAGCAAACAAGACGUUGAGCAACUGGGCAAACUCAUGCAACAGUCGCAUCACAGCCUCCGCGAGCUCUACGAAUGCUCCCAUCCCGAUCUUGAGCGACUGGUGGCUCUCUCUGUCAAGCAAGGCGUCAGCGCACGUGUCACUGGAGCUGGCUGGGGGGGCUGCAUUGUGGCCAUGUGCGACUCGGUCAACGCUGCUGCGGAUUAUGUCAAGGUGUUGAAGCGUGAGUACUACGCUCAGUUGCCGACGCAUCUUUUGGAGCGCUAUCAGCCCAAUGAUUUCAAUGAAGUCGUCUUUGCAACUGUGCCCAGCAAUGGCGCUGAACUUUUUGUACAAUAAUCAAGACACAAUUUGUAAGCAAUUUGUAUAUAAACUUAGUAAACCAAAAGUACUUC